AUGGGAGCUUUAACGAGCAGACAAAACAUAGGCGUGGAAGAAGUGGACAUUCCGUCCAAUUCGGUGUACCGUUAUCCACCGAAAUCUGGUAAGUCACAAAACAACAGGUCAGACCGGGUAAGGGUACCAGUAACAGAGGGUAAACCCCCCUGCAGAGGAUUUACCUUUUGAUUUAUCAGGGUGGCCAUGACAUCACUACCACAAACAUGACCAUCUUACCUUGUAGCUGACAGGCCUACAGGGCAUCUGAGCCUCAACCUGGAGCUGCUACCUGUGGAGAGAGGGAAGGGCCAACACCUCACAUCUCAAUUUUACCUUUAUUUUUACCAUAACCGUGCCUCACAUCAUAUCUUACAGCCUUAUUCAUUUCUUGGCACCAUACCAAUGUAUUGUCCUUGAAGCAAAAGCAACAGCAGAUCAGGGAUUUACUUAUUUCUUAAUCUGAAUUAUCCAUUGAAGUUAACUCUGUGUCUUUGGCCAUAGGCAGAGAUGUUUCGUUGGUGCAUUUAAGAGCGUCUAGCAGGGUGUUGGUUGGACUUGUAUCAGUCUGUAAAAUAAAUAAGUCAUGAUCGCUCUCAGGGAGACACAACAAAAACAGCACUGUAAGCAGUAGGGAAGUCUCAUUUCUCAGGUGGGCCACUUCAAUCGGAUUGUAAAACGAGACAGCAUCAGCAGAAAAAUAAAUCACACUUUAACCAGCACUUUUUAUGUCUGGAUAAUGACAUUCACAUUCUCCAAGGGUUAUGGCGACUCAUGUAACAGUCAAGGAGGCAAAAAAUAAACAUAGUGAAAUAAAACAGACUCUGUUAAGUUUUAAAGCUCCUGUGAGCGCUUGUUUGACAUUUAUGAAAUAGAGGAAAAUUCAUAUAGGUGUCUUUUUAUAAUAUCCAAAGGCAAGCACGGCUUUGUGGAACAGGAUUGGCAGUUUGUAUAUCAUUUCUAAUGUCUGAGACCGGUGUGAGCCGGUGGGUGUCAGCUGAGCAGCUUAAGGCCACCUCCAUAGAAAACGGAAAAAUAUAGUUUCGUUUAGGGGUGUCUGGUUUAGAUGGCAACUGCGUUUCCAGGAGAUGAAAACGUAACAAAGUGAAAACCCCCUCCAGAGUGGAAAUGUUGUAAACGCUCUGCUAGUCCCACUUUCGUCUAAAGUACAAAAACGCUGAAAACAGUCAAACCUGUGACAUCCUGGCUCAAGUCGGCUCACGUUUAUGACAUCAUAGCCGUGCGCAGCUUCCUUGAAAAUAACAACAACAACCAUGCUAGACAUUCGAGUCGCGCUGUCGUUAUUAUUGAACGGGCAGGAGCUCAAUUUCGACCUGGAGCCGUCUGAAUUAUUUGCAUCAAAUAAUUAAUGUGCCUAUUGGUCGGCGGAGGGGAACAAGGGGACGGUCUAUAUGGGAGCGCGGUCACACUGACACGCGCCACCUAGCGACCUGGCAUGCACAUUACAGCGUUUUCAACUACAUUGCGUUUUUGUGUAAACGCAGCAUAAAAACUGAAAACGAAACGGCACUUUUCCGUUUUCUAUAGAGACCGUUUCUGUCUAAAAGUGUCCCUAAGAAACAGCUGUGUUUACAAUUUCAACACAGCAUAUUCAAAAAUUUAGCAGAAUGAGAUUUCUUCAUGUAAAGGAUAAGCUCAUCAAGGACUGCUUUGUCCACAAGGGGCGCCAAAGUUGGCACAAACCAAAAUUUCCUCACAGGAGCUUUAAACAAGAAGAUAAAAACAGAAGAGAAGAUUUUAAAUGUUUAUUUUUUUUAGAUUUUGGACAAAAAAGUCAAAGUUUUAGUCAUUAGACAUAAAAUUUUCUUACAAUAUCAUGAAAUCAUAUCAAAUCAAUGAAUUGAAACCUUUGUUAACCAAGACCACAAGAGCAAAUGAAGGAUGAAGACAUAUAAUCUAUGUUACAGUCAUUAGAAAGCACAUCGUUAUGGCAUGAGGUGGGAAUUUAUGAGGAAUAUUAAAUGCUAAAUCCAAUAAAGCGCAUUGUGCGAUGUGCAAUAACAUCAUAGAUGAGAUAUUGUGCAGUUUUAAAGCCGAGCUCUUCUAGAUACUUUAUUAAUCCCUUGCAGGAAAUUGCGCCAUGACAGCGGCUACAAUCACAGUCAGGACACAGCGUCAAAUAACAGACACAGAGACGUAUUCAGAGACUCAACCAGAAAUAUAAAACAAAGACAUAGAAAUGUAUUAAUAGAUAAAACAGAUUGAAAAAAGAAACAUUGAAUUUUAAAAAGAAAGAUAUUUUUGAUAUAAAAUCUACCAUAAUUAAAAUUGAUGUGAAGAUUCAUACUGGUGUUGCUUCAGCAUCUGUGUCAGAAAUCUUCUUCCCUCUCUAACCGACUCAUAACUUUCCUCUCGGCCUCAGACUGACCCGUGUGUUCAGUCCGUCAUGGUUCUUAUGUGAUGUUUUUGAUUGAAGUGUAGAGUUCAGCUCCCAUUCAGGGCUCAGCUUUAAUCCAGUUUACCGUAAGAAAAAACAACAGCUUUUCAGUCCUAUCAGACACUUGGCCAGUUUGAAUCUACAGCAAAAUAGGACAUGAGACGAAAAGGAAUAACUUGUAUUUAUAGAGACAUUUUGCACUCUAGGAAGGACAAAAAAAGUCUAACUGUGGCUGCCUUUAAUGGCCCUCUCAUGUCAGUGUAGCUGAAUUAGUAACAGGCUGUUUAAAGUUGGGAAGUAAGAGCGCUGGUUUUAGCCUGUGAGAGUCAUGGUGGUGGGAGGGGAGAGGAGGUGGCUACGAUGGCUGCUGGUGAAACCUAUCCCUCAGCUCUAGUUCCUGUUUCUGGUGACACAGCUUUGGCUCAGUUCUUCUCUCCUACCUGCUGUAAAUAAUAAGAAGCGAGGGGGGGUCCUGUUAUGUUUAGUUUUUACCGUCUUUGGCGUCAGAUUUUGUUGAACUGUCAGUUAAAGGUGAGCAUCCACCCUCCUCCUCCUCCUCCUCCUCUUCAACACUUACAAAGACGCCUUUUUCAGAUCAGUGAUGCCAGACUGUACGUCCUCUGAGCUUAUAUUUAAAGACUCCAAACCGCCAUUACAGUCUUAGGAUAACACCUCACCCUGUGAUUAAAAAGCUAAAAGUCUGUCUUGUGUAGUUGUCUGUAUCAGGAGCUCUCAGUAAACAGGAGGAGCAGCUGCAGCUCGAUAAAAACGUACUUUUCAAGGCUUUUAAUGUCGCCUGAAAAUAUAAAAAUCAAAACAUCUUCACAGUCUGGUUGCACCUGUCUGAAAGCAUCUGGAGACAAAGCUUCAUGGUUCAGAUAUUCAGUGAGGUUAUGUCGAUCUUUUGCAGUGUGGUAUAUUUUGAAAUCAUAAUCGAGUCUCUCUUGUGCGCAGGGAGUUACUUCGCCAGCCAUUUCAUCAUGGGAGGAGAGAAGUUUGACUCCACUCAUCCGGAGGGUUACCUGUUUGGGGAAAACACAGACCUUAACUUCCUGGGGACCAGACCUGUGGCGGUGGGUAUUCUCUCACACACUCGCAGCUGUAAAAGCAUAAAAGCCGAGGAUGAAAGAAGAGCUUGACUGGUUUCGUUUCUUUGGCUGCAUGAUCCGACUUACAGAUGAAAAUGAGACCCAUUCAAAACACAGUAAAACCUUCUCCCCUUGUAUACAUAACAGGAGGGAGGCUCUCAAAAGGCACCCUGAGAUUCUACGAUGGCGGUUUUUGCCUUUUUCUUGAUGCUACAUGCAACAGCAUUAGCAAAAGAGUAGAAGUGAGCAGGGGGACUUUGGCACAGCUCCAUCGUCGAUUAUCAGCUCCCCAUUUGUGCACUGAAGUGGAUCAAAACUUGCCCGUGGUUAAUUUUCCUGCGUAUUAUUUGAUGGGUUCAUAAAUCAGCUUCUUGACAGAGUUUAACCAGAAAAAAAAGUGAUUAUUUUUGACGUUUUUUUCAUGCAUUUCAUUCUGAAAAUGAUGGAAACGGAGAUUAAGAUGAAAAGACUCAGACUUGAAGCUUUUACCGUUGAGACGUUUUCUGCAGAGCGUUUGAAGGGAAACUUCUCGACAAGUUUUAUCACUUUUUUUGGUCUCGUAAUUUUGCUGGAGAUGUUAUAAAAACAGGUCAAAGUAAAGAGAGGCUUUCAGGUGUGGUGCUAAAGGCUAAACUCGAAGCCUAAACGGUUGAUAAGUAUCUUUGAACACUUUUUUUUCUCUUUUAACUGGCAGCUUUUCUCCACAAGAUUUCAUCAGGAGUCCAAAAGAGUGAGAAAUCUCCAUCUCAGAGCUGAAUGUGACUUUUCAAAAAGCUUUUAUCACUUGACAGACAGAUGUUUCAUUUGCUGUGGCACAACACAGAGAAAAGCAACAAAUCCUCACAGCGAAAAGCAGAUUUUUUCUUGAUAGAUUGUUAAAAAAAAGUGUCUCCUCUGACUAAUACUGUCUCAGACAUCCUUUAGUUCUGGCGUCCAAAGGUGAAGCUGUCUCCUCUCCGUUAAACGGGAGCUGAUAGGUUUUAGCAGCCGUGUCUUCAGCGGUACCAAUUAACCGUCUCUCGGGCUGUGACCACUUGAAAUUCAUUUUAAUGUCAGACUAAUUCAAAGUGAAGCGACAGUCUGUUGGCUCUCAGCACGGAGCAGCUGAUAGCUGAUGCUCCUCCUGAGGCGUCGUUCAGCCUCCUAAUGAACCUGAAGGUCAAUCUAAUGAGAGCUGCGGAUAAAAAGGAGCUCAGGUCCACGGAGCGAGGAACAAAUUGAAAAAGACCUGAAAGUCUUCGACUAAGUGAAGCUGAUAUGUAAAGUCCGAGAGCUGUUUCUGUCUAGACCGCGGCUAAAAUUAGGAGUGCGUUUUUUUCCUCCUGAUUAUGUGGGAGAUUAUAAUCCUCCUGUGGGCAGAGAAUUCAGCCAGUGAAGCCAUGUUUUUUCUUUUUUUUUUUAUUCUCGUAUGUGCGACUGAAGCUUUACCAGCAUUAUAUAAUGUUUGUGGUUUCUGAGCAGAUGGUGCUUGGAAUCAUAAAACCAACCGCAGUUGUUGUGUUCUCGGUCUCCUGCUACCAUUCGACAAAUAUGAUAAUGGACCGGGCUAUUUUUAGAGCUCCUCUGAAACUCCAGCGUGGAUAUCCAAAACGGGUUUUUAGCUCGGCUGCUUGUGGCAAUAUUUCAUCUAUUUAUUCAGAAAUAACCGGGUGGAUAACGAUGAAUGUUUUUGGAUUAUCAAAAGAGUCUUCAAACUCUCAAGAUCAGUCUGACAUGUUGUAGUUUUUAAAUGUAACAGAGGUGGGGGAAAGUCCCCAUGUUGCAAGUCCAAGUUGAGUCUCAAGUCCUUUGCUCUCAAGUCUCAAGUCAAGUCCAAGUCCUGAACUUUUUGUUUCGAGUCCCAACCAAGUCUUUACCGUUUCUUUCAAGUCAAAAACAAGUCAUAUCAAAGCCAUAAACCAUUUGUUAUAUGUAAAGAUUUACAUCAAUCAUGAGCAUUUUUCACUAUUUGCAUUUAUUAUUAAACAAGGGUUCUUGUUUGUGUAAAGUUACAUAGUGCAGCUUUAACCAAACUAUUUUACAUGUCAUACAAAAAAUAAUCAGAUCAACUUCAAUAAUUGGAAACUUAGACAAAAAUAAGGAAGACUCAAAUACAAUUAAACAUUAAACUGAUACUCUAAUUCACUGUUCCACGUGGAAACAGGCGGGCAAUACUAGCGAGCGAUUUAUGUUCAGUCCUCCCGGUGUUGUUGUUAUGAGGGAGGCUAGAGUUUGAGACAGAAUUGCCAAGUUUCGUGAGAGAAAUAAGGAAACAGACCUCCAGAAACAAGCAAUUUUUUGUGGGAAAUAAGCAGACCUGGCAACACAACAGGGUGUUACCAACGGCCGUAAUUCCUGACUAUAGUUGAUGCGACACUUUUUAAAUGGUUUGGGCUUGCUGUAAGGUAUUAAGUGACUUGAAAAGACUUGACUUGACUUUUCAAGUCACUGGGCUCAAGUCAAGUCAAGUCUCAAGUCUUUAGCAAUCAAGUCCCAAGCAAGUCCAAGUCAUUUCUUGAUUUCAUCAAGCAAGUCAAAAACGGGACUCAAGUCCAAGUCGAGUCUCGAGUCGUCAAGCCCCCACCUCUGAAAUGUUAAGUUUGGACUCCUAACUUUCAUGUUAUUCACAGAGCUUAAUUCUAUAUCUGCCGCAGACAUGAUGGAAAAUGUCGCCGUGUGGAUCGGAUGACUGAGACCUACAGUGCUGCCUGUAUGUUUGCGAAUGAAUGGCUCCUUUCUGGUGUGCGUGUUUGUUUGUGUAGUUUACAGGCGUGACUCCCGCUGAGCCCAGAUGUGUAAUAGCGCUGGAAAUGGAGCCUCUCGAACACCCUUAUACACACACACACACAGUCCAACAGAUGAGGGGUUGUAGUGUGGGGGGUAUCUGACCACAUCCUGCGUGUUUCUCCUCCAGUGAUCCUCAAACCGCCUCCACUCUCCCUUUACACCCAGUCAGCAGCUUCUGGCUUCAAACACACACAGCCGAAGAGUGCUGAUGAAGGGACCGCAGGCUGGGUCAGGUUAAAGGUUUCGUGUUCGUUUGUUUGGAUUUGAAUGACUUCAUGCUAACGAUUAAAAAUCACUUAACGGAGGUGUGGACGUCUUUUAUCUGUUAUCUCUUUUUUAUGACGUUAACUUUCCUCGUCCAUAAAAACACAGACGCUCUUUGACCCUCGACUCUCUCACACUCCUGUGGUCCCUGUGCGCAGAAAACACUGUCUGAAAUGUCAGUCUCGUCCCUGGAAAGUCACAAUCUGAGCGUUUUUGUUUUUUUGCUUUGGCUCAGCACUUGUCAGCGCGCAUCCUGUGGUGCUGACCAGCUGAAACUCAUGUGUCUAAAGGUUAAACCAGGAGCAGCGGCGGCCACUGUAUAACCCUGACUUCCCUGUGGUGAAGAGAGGAAUGCCAGGGUGGUUUAGGAGAGAUGGACGCUUCUUUCCUCUCGUCCAACAACAUGUGUUUUAUUUUCAUGCAUAUAUAAUUUGGAUUUCUCUCUCUCUUUCUCUCUCUCUGUGUUUUCAGUUCCCGUACGCAGCCCCUCCACCUCAGGAACCAGUAAAGACGCUACGAAGCCUUAUAAACAUCCGCAAGGACACACUGCGGCUUGUACGGUACGCACUGUUACGCGCUGAACCACAUGCGCAACCUUUUAUUACACAAGUGUUAUCUCGGAGAUAUUUUUAGCAAACAAGUCACAACAGCUUAUCUAAAGCACAGUGUCUGUCCACGGUCAUUUAAAAUUCAGUAAUCCUCAAAAAAAGAACAAAACAAAGGGAUCAGAGGAGAAAACAGUCGACAGUAAAGUAAAAGCUGAAAACCUUUACCACAGAAGAGGAGAACUGCAGCAGAAUCAGGCCAUCUUAAUACUACAGUACAUGUAAUUUUAUCAGCAGGUAAAGCGAAGAAGCUUAAAAAGUCUCUAACACGAACAAAAGAAGAUUUCACAGACCUGUUUCACACUUAGACGAUUAAAUCACAAUAAAACCGACAGAAAUGAGGUUUUAGUUUUGUUCAUUAUUCUGCUUCUUUGUUAGUUAAAUCAGGACUUUGUUAUAAUUAAAGGUGCUGUAGGCAUAGUGAAGUAUAACUCGAUUCCUUGUUUUCACUCAUGCAGCCUCCUCAUGACCUCAACCCGUGAUUAUGUAGUUGAUGUCACAGACACGUUUCUGAACCUCCGCCUCAUCCUCGCUCUCUGCAGGUGCAGCGAGGACCUGAAGCUGCCUGGAGACGAUGCGGCGGGGAAAAACAGAGCCUGCUAUAACAUCGAGUUCACCUUCGACGCUGACACACAGGUGGCCAUAACCAUCUACUACCAGGCCAUCGAAGAGUUUCACAACGGAGUGCCAGUGUGAGUUAAAGUCAAGAUUUUCCAGCAGCGUCUUUAAAACUAUAGACGAGUUUCUUGUGUACAAACAAUAAUAAUAAUAAAAAAAUCGCUUUGUCUUCCAUUGCAUCAAAAUAAAAAAACACUUGUGAAUUUUACUCAAUUUACCAGGUUGUGACGUUGUUUUAGAUGUCUCUAAUAUCAGGAGCAGGGUCCUAAUGUUUGCCGAUUGUUUGUUUUGCCGAUUCGUGUCGUUUUCUUUCUCCGUUGACUCCGCUAGUUAACAAAUAAGAAAUGUCCCGCUGUCUGCCCCAAAGCUGCGCGCGCAUACCUGCGAUGACGUUGCACAGAAACCCGUCUAUAGAAAUCCCAAAUGAGCAGAUGAAGACUCUCCUCCAUUUCACCUUAAAAAAACAGACGAUAUAUUUAACUUCAGUUAUGUCUCAUUUAAAGGAAGUGUUGUGAUUUUGGCGCCCCCUGUGGUCAAACCAUCCACUGCAUGUGUACACCCUGACACCUACCCCCUAUCAGGAGUUGUAGACAUUAUCAAUAACUAUACAGGAACGAUCAAUCCUGUCACUGAAGGCCUGGUUCACAAAGAGGCAUCACUCAGGACGUUUACAUGACAGUCAAGAAACUCGAAUUAUCGCCUUACUCCGAUUAAGACUGGACAACUGAAGUGCACGUAAACACUUUAGCCCGACUAUAAUCAGAGUCGUAGAAUUCUGGUUAAGACACCGAGGUAAUACAAUUGGAAUUCAAUUUUCUCUACCAUGUACCCAGCGUAGUUGUAGUAUGAUAGGACUAUGUAUUUAUGCGUGCGCCACACCCCCGUAAUCCUGGAACAAAAACACCUGAGAAGAGGAGUAGCGUGCGUCUCAUCUGCAAAAAAGUAGCGGGUACAUCAUGUACGACAAAAACAACGCUGUACUGAUGCUCCAUCUUCUUGCUCGAAAAUACCCAGCAGCAGUUGGAGACACUUCUGAUGUCUGGCACAGACCUGCUGUUGUUGUUGACGGUUGUAUGGGGUCAGAAACAGCGCUGCUGAAAAGACCCAUAUCGCCCCCUAGUUUUGGGGAGAAGGACACGUUCACAUUGAUAAUAAUUAAAUUUUCUCAGCUGCAUGUAUACGCGGUCCCAUUAAGCUGUGCAUGUAAACCCACUGAGCGAUAAUUUCAGUCGCAUUCAUGACUGGGAAAACAAAACAAAAAAACUCCUUACUGGAGCUUUAAUUGGAGGAACACGUAUGGAUUAAUUUAAGUGUGCAGUCAUCACGUAGCUGCGCUCUGCUGCCGAAGCGCUGAAGAGCCGGCUGCAGUAUUUCUUGUUGCUGAUGAGCGGACAAACUGGAGCUCUCGAUUUCACUGAUUGACAGUUUUUGUGUUUGCUGCAGUUACCUGCCUCAGGACAGCUCCCUGCAGUCUGAGACGGUGCACUUCAAGAGAGGAGUGUGCCAGCAGUUCUGUCUGCCAUCACACACUGUUAACCUCAGCGAGUGGGCGGAUGAGGAGGUAGGCCGCUUGCGUUCAUGUGUGUGUGUGUGUUAUCUUAACACUAAAACUGAGCCUGUUUCACGUCCUUGCUUCCUCUGCAGCUGCUGUUUGACAUGGACAAAGAGGUUUUCCCCAUGGUGGUGCAGGCGACCGUAGACGAGGGGGAAGGUGAGCUAUUGUGUGUUUAACAAACAGGAAAAGCUGCAGAAUCACAAUUAAAGACACGUCCACUGUCUGUUUUUUUUCUUCUUCUCGCAGAACAUUUGGGUCACUCUCACAUACUGCUGGCAACGUUUGAGAAGGUAAGAGAGGCGGGUUUUAUACCAGCCUGAGAAAAACUUGUGAAGAUGGAGUAAAAGCUCCAAUAAUGCUUGAAUGCAGAGUUAAAUACGCCGCAUUUUUGGCUACAACUUCACUCAUCAUUCUUAAUUUACGUUUGUUUAUAUUUUGGAUGAUAACCACCACUCUGAUGCGCCAAAUAUGUACUGAACAGAGACAUUUUAUUUAACUUAAGAAGAAAAGUUAUCAAGCAGGCGCAUCCAUCUUCUGUUGACCUGAAGGAGUCAUUUAUUUCUACACGCCCUUUAUAAACCUGAUAAUUCUGUACCUUCUUAUAAAUAUCUGGGGUUUAUGAUGAUGACUCUCUGUCUUCUAAGCUUCAUAUUGAGCAGCUUGUAAAGAAGCGUAGGUUGCAGCUGGGCUUUUACUUCAGAAAUAAGUCUUGUUUUUCUCUUGCUGCAGAAAAGUGUCUUGUUGCUGCUACUUUCAUGAUGUUUCAUACGUGCGUGCACCUGCUCAAAGCUUUAAAUUGUUUAUGUCUGUAACUUUGUAAAUGUACAGCUGCCUGUCUUGGUCAGGACACUCUUGCAAAUAAGAAUUUUAAUCUCAAUGAGGCUUGUGUAAAACAUGAAGCAUAACUUCAAAAAUACUGAAUCCUCUGCUGUGAUUUUUCCUCUUUUUUUACCUGAUAAAUCUCCUCAGAUAAACUACAAACCAGACCAUAAUAUUUAACUCUCUACAACAGCUCUCUGUUGCUCCGCCGUCUGUCUCGCUCUCUUGUUUGAGGCCUCUGUUUCCUUCUUCCUCGUCUUGAAACUAUUCCUCCUCCUCACCAGCGAGGCGCUUGAUCCCUCAUUACUUAAUCAAAAACAGCAGCAGAGGCCAACCUGCUUUCUCUCUCUCUCUCUUUCUUUCUUUCUUUUUCUUUCUGAACAUGAAUAUUUAAAAGAACUCAGGUGUCGGUCUGUGUAAAUGAAUGAAAACUGUUGCUUGCCUCCUCAGCACAUGGACGGGAGUUACUGCGUGAAGCCUCUGAAGCAGAAACAAGUGGUGAGUUCUGACGCCUUUCUUCCCUCCUCUCUUUUUGUCUAACUUUGUUUUCAGCUUUUGAAAAGAUAAAUCAAAGCGGUGUUUCCCCGUCGCACAUCACACCUGGCCCAUGAGACCCGCCGCCUUUUAAUCUCCUCUAUGUUCCCGUUCCCAGGUGGAUGGAGUGAGUUAUCUUCUGCAGGAGAUCUAUGGGAUAGAGAACAAAUACAACAGCCAAGAAUCAAAGGUAAACAUCAGAAUCCGUGAGUUUUUUUUUUUCCUGUUUGAAUGCAUCAGAAGUGACGUGGCGGCGUGGAGAAAUAAAUUAGAGUAUCUGUCUGUCUGCGGCGCUCGGCGGAGGACUUGAAAGUUCUCUUUCUUCCUAACUCUGACGUGAUUUUAUCUGCAGGUUGCUGACGAUGAGAUCAGUGACAACAGCGCCGAGUGUGUGGUGUGUUUAUCAGAUGUACGAGACACGCUCAUCCUGCCGUGCAGACACCUGUGUCUCUGCAACGCCUGUGCUGACACGCUGCGCUACCAGGCGAACUGCUGCCCCAUCUGCAGACUGCGUGAGUCCUCAACAAACCUGAUGAACGUUUGACCCAAACGUGUCAAAUGUUGAGACUUGAAGGUUUCAUUUCUUUAUGAAAAAUAUUUGCCAGCGACAUGUUUUUGAACAAGUUGGGACAGGGAGAACAAAACCUUGAAAAAGUCGUAAUGCUGGACAAUUAGGUCGAUCUGCAACAGGUUGGUAACAUGACUGCGUUUAAAAGGGGCAAUUCAGAGAGACUGAAUCUGUGAGGGUCCUUACACACCGGGGCCGACACGAAUAUAGAACACGAAAUUACGAAAUAUUUGGAGGAGAAUUUUGACUCGCCUGACUAUACACAUAAAAAGCCUGAUGCGAUUUUGCGACUUUCCAGGGGGAAAAAAGAGUUUUCCCGGGGAAAGUCCCGCCUCCUUCGCCUCUGAUUGACUAGAAAAGCUGGAAGCAUCAUCAGACGCUCAAGCCAAACGGUCAGCACUUAUAGCCAAUCAGAGGCCAUAAGAUAAGCACAUGAAACUAUGGUAACAACUAGGCCUGAACGAUAUAUCGUUUGACUAUCGUCAUCGCGAUGUACGUGUGUGCGAUAGUCACAUCGCAGAGCCUGCGAUAUUGGAGGUGAAUGAACUCAUUUAAUUUCAAGGGUAACCGACUGAGAUACACUCCAUGUGACUCUGCAUGUGCUGUGCAGCGAUCCACCAAUCGCCUUCGUCCUUAACUCAGUUGCCAAUCAGACUCAGUUCUCAGUUGCCAAUCAGACUACCCUGCCAGCUGUCAAUCAAAUUCAGGGAGGAGAAAACCCACCCCUGCACAUGUUCUGCACAUGGAGGGAGACGUGUGUCCGCUGAGAAUAACUUUCGGAACUUUACUCAUGACUAUUAAGCCCAACAAAUAAGAACUGUAUGGGUUUUAAAUUGUACAUUUCCGUGGACCACUCUACUAUAAGCAGUGCGCGUUUUGCGAGGUGCAUGCAAUUCUCGGAGGACAUGCGUUUCUCGGUACAGCACCGCUAACAACAACAACAACGAUCGCAAAAUGAACAACGAACAAGCGAAAACCACCGAAAAUGAAGAUUUGUUGCCAAAAAGAAAAGGAAAGUCAGUUAUCUGGAAUUAUUUCGGUUAAAAGAAGGAUGAUGUCGACCAAAACACGUCUUCUGUGUUCAUCUGUUGCCACAAUAACGUCCCAGAACAAUAAAAGCUAAAAAUAUCUCUGAGACAGACAGAAGCCGUUCUACUAACAUUCACAAAAAGAGGUAAGAUCAGUGCAGGUUAACUGUCCUCAAGAUUUCAGCAGUGCAGCAUAACAUUAAGUGCUAUUCAGGUCAUCUGGUGAAAAUACUGUAUUUUUAAUAUCGCAAUAUAUAUCGCAGGGUUGAAAAAAUCGCAAUAUUAUUUUUUACCAAUAUCGUGCAGUCUUAGUAACAACCCUUAGCUUACGUUAGCGCAGAUGAAAGUUAAAACAAAGACGUUUAGCAAACUGUUACAGCUCACAAACCAUCGUCAUAUCAGAAAUCUGACCCUAUGACUCUCCACAAGUUGUCCUUCAGGUCGUUAUCUUUGUAAUAUUUGUGUUUUUUAUCAAAAAACACUCUGUUCUCCGACACGUAAACAAUCAGCCGGUCGGCCAUGUUGGAUAUACCGGUGAAUCUGACGUCGCAACAACACGGAAUCUGAUCGGUCAGAAGUGGACACACAGUAUGAGAAACUUUAGAAAAAUCCACUGUGAUCUGAAAAAAUAAAAGCUGCAAUAUCGCAGGACGGGAAAACGAAAUAAUCGCACGACAAAAACGGUCCUGGUGUGUAAGGACCUUAAAGUGUAAAAACAGGAAGAAGUUCAUAAUCCAGUGAGAGACUGCGUGAGCGAAUAGUUCAACAACUUUAUAAUAACGUCUUUCAGCAUUAAGUCGCAAAAAACUUCGGGAGUUUCAUCAGAACAGAAGUGACAAGGCUGGAAACCAGUUCAUGACCACUCUGAUCUUUAGGAGGCCGUAAAAACAGGCAGGACUCUGUAGUGGAAAUCAUUGCAUGGGCUCAUAAUCGCCUCCACCGACUGUGAAAACUGCUUGUCAGGGCAUCCACAAACACAGAUUUAAGCUGUACUGCUCAUGUUUUAAAAGUACCACUAAUGCUCACCUGUACGCACAGGUUUUGGAGCAACACGGUAAGCAAGAUGAUGCCAAACCAAAUUCUGCAGCAGCAUGGCUCUGCAGUCUAAUUAAUUUGCAAACCAUCAAAUUAUGCUUCUAUCGACAUUUCAAGUAACAUCUGAGUCUUUUUAGGAGCAGAGAUUGUGUUUGAUAUCUGCUGAGAGGGUUUUAGAGUUUGCUUUUGUUACUCCUGAGCUGAUUAGAUCAUGUCAUCAACUUUUCUGAUUGACAAAUACAUGUUUCUGGUGACACAAUAAAUUCGUCUUCAGAUCUAAAUGACACACUCUGUUCACUUCUCUUUCGUCACUUUAGCAUUUAGAGCUCUGCUGCAGAUCCGAGCCAUGAGGAAGAAGCUCAGUCCUCUGACACCCACCAGCUUUAACCCCGUCAUCACGUCACAGACCUCUGACUCAGAGGAGCACUCAGUGAGUCACAAACACAAGACAAAUGUCACGUGACGAUGUUCGUCGCAGGUCCGCUCAUAGCCUCGGUGUCCUCUCCUGGUCCGCAGGCGUCAGAGCACAUCCCUCCAGGUUACGAGGCCGUCUCUCUCCUGGAGGCGCUGAACGGGCCCCUCAACACCUCCUCGGUGGUUCCUCCUCCUCUGCACUCCGGCCCCAGCCACGUCUCAGGAGCUCUGCCGCCCUACAGCAGUGAGCCUCACCCGGCGCCCGCCCGCUCCCUCUCCCCUCUCGACCACUCCAACUCCAGUCAGGGACUCAAACUCAAGAAGAGUGGAUCAAAGUGAGUCUGGGCGGGUUAAACUAACAGUUGUGUUUGUUUUUUAAUUUAAGUAUCUCAUCAAAGGAAAGUAUUAAGAAAUCUGAUGCUAAUCGUCACAUAAAUUGAAACUUUGUCCACAGGAGGGCGCCAGAGUCGACACAAACAGAAAGUUCCUCACAGGAGCUUUAAGUUAUUUCUGUUUUUCAAUGUGUUUCAAUGGUAGAAACAAACCAAACUCACUCCUCUUGAUUAAUUUUUUGUUUAAAUCUAUUUUAGGUCGCUUUCCCAGAAUUCCUCUGUGCUUCCUGAGGAGGAGGACGAGAAGUCUUGCAGCGAAUCAGAGGCCUGUCGACACAAACUGGCCGUGGACCAGCAAGAGGCGAGUCUGAAGAUCAAUCUAGAUGACGCGUGUGUGUGUGUGUGUGUGUGUGUGUGUGUGUGUGUGUUUGUGUUGUGAGCUCCUCUCUCAUUGUUUUUAUUGUCUGAACAGAACGGAGUGACUCCAGACAGUGAGAACCUGACUCUCUCCUCAUCCGGAGCCAUAGAUCAUUCCUCCUGCACCGGGACCCCGCUCUCUUCCACCAUCACCUCCCCUGAAGGUACACAAACAAACACACAAACAAACACACACAUGCAUGCUUUACAUAUCAGGACCCUAUUCUUGCCACAAACCUGAUCUUUCUCCUCUGGGAUAUUUUAGUUGAGAGUUUUACAAAAAUCUGCACAGAGGAGAUCCAGCCCUCGCCCCUUUCACUCUCUAUUUAAUCUUAUCCAUUCCUGUCUAUCCUGUCUGUUUGACAACCUGAACUUUCAAAAGAGACGCUGUUACAGGAACUCAGCAGACGUCUUACUGCCAAAUGGAUUUAAAAUGUUCAAAUCUCAUAAAGUCAGAGUAAAUCAAAUCAGACUUGACUGUUGUUUUACAGAGCAGGGCUGCACACGGCAGAAUGAGAAAGUGUUUUCUAGAGGAUCUAAUAACUUAUAAAAAUAAUGACUAACUAAUAAAUCUAAUAAAUAAAGGCCACCCUGAGAAGGAAACCCAUUUCGGCCGCUUGUAUCCGUGAUCUUGCUCUUUCGGUCAUUACCCAAAGUUCAUGAUCAGAGGUGAGAGUCGGCACGAAGAUCGACCGGUAAAUCGAGAGUUUCGGCCCCAAUCUGCCUGUUGAUCUCCCACUCCAUCCUACCCUCACUCAUGAACAAGAUGUUGAGAUACUUGAACUCCUCAUCUUGAGGCAGGACCGCCCCUCCGACCCAGAGAAGGCAAUCUACCUUUUUCCGACUGAGGACCACGGCCUCCGACUUGGAGGUGCUGAUUCGCAUCCCAGCCGCUUCACACUCGGCCGCAAACCGCCUCAGCAAGAGCUGGAGGUCACUGCUCGACGAUACUAGAAGAACCACAUCAUCCUCAAGUAGCGACCCAAUCCUCGGCCUGGUACUCCCAGAGCACCCCCCACAGGAUUCCCCUCAGGACACGGUCGUAGGCCUUCCCUAAGUCCACAAAACACAUAACCAAAUAUUGAUGAACUCAAAAUAGGACCAAGGCUCCUACAGACGGAGUUAAACUUCUUAGUUGCUGUUACAUGACAGGGGAGACACAUCAGUGCUGCACAUGACGACACUUUGGUCCCUCAACUUGUCAAUCAAGUCUGAUUCUGAAUAAAACGCUGCAGCAACUCAAAGUGAAACACACGGAGCGGGGAGAGAAGUUUUUUCUCCUUUUAUGCACAAAGAAUAAAAAUAAGAAAAAUAGAGCAGAUAGAAAAAAAAACUCUUCACUAAAGUGGCAGAUCCAGGUCCUGAAAUAUCAGCAUGAAGACACCGGGCUGUUCUCUGCAUUUGUUUAUUUUUGUGUGUUGCUGCGUUUAUAUCUGUGUAUUUCUUUGUUGUCCUGGCUGUGAAAUGUUUCUCCCCUCUGCGACGGAUAAAUCUGAAGCUUUACAAUAAAACACACAAGGACCCAUAGAAAGAAUUUCCCUUUUUUUUUAAUUAUCUUAAUUUUUAGAAAUGAAAUGAUGUUGAUAAAAGUCCUCAGAGUGAUGUUCAGUCUCUCUAAAUUUAGCAGGAAGCUAAAAGCAAAGAGCUGAGGGGUGUGCGCGGAGCCUUUUAACAUUAAUAAAUAAAAAGCUGGAGCCGCUGCAGCGUUUAACGUUGGUGCCAUUACAUCAGCUUUAAUGGGAAAUGUGCUCAGUGGCUUUUUGGAAGAGACGACUGUCGGAGCUGGAACGAAAAACCUCGAUAAAGUAAUAACCUUGAACCUGUUUUUCUCCACAAAGCCGAUCCAUCUGUCGCUUUAAAAGCUCUUAUUCAAAGGAGACCUUUUGUGCUUAUUUCCACUCCUCAUUAUGUCAGUCUGGGACUCCUUCAGAGUGGCUCUCAAGAUUUGCAGCUCAAAAAAAAAAACAGCUUAUUUAUCCGACGCUGGCGCCUGUGAAAACCCUCAUUUCGGCUCCAUUCAGCCUCAGAGAGCAGACAAACUAACAGCAGACGUGUUUUUGUUUGUUGAGAGGCUGCCUGAUACAAAUCGGAUAGAAGAAGUGAAGAAUAUUUUUCACUGAGAGACAUUUUCGAUGGUAAAAUUUUAACAAAUGGAGGAUCACAGGAGCUUUUUCUAGAUUUUGGCGGUCAUGAAGAAGCAGAAACUCCUCACCUGAGAUUGAAACUUAGAUAAAAGUUUAACAUUUCCCUUCGCUCACUGUUAUUCAAAAAGAUAAUCUGCUUCUGCUGUUGGUAGUCCAGUGAAUUAGGGGUUCCUCCUCUUAAAUAAAUCCGAAGAAAUAAUAAAAAAAACACAAAUAAACCAUCAGACCCCGACCCCAACCGUGAUGUGUGUCUCCGUCUGUGUGCCAGACCCCGUGAGCAGCAGCCUGGUCCAGUCAGUGAUGUCGAUGGCCUCGUCCCACUCGCAGCACUCCCACAUCAGCAUUGACACCAUGUCCUCCAUGUCAGGGUCCUACCUGGCCGGGGCGGAGGGCGAGCCCGGGGGGGACGACGGGAGAGACGUGGAGGCCGAGGAGAACCAGGACGCCCCCAUGGAGAGCCGAGGACCGUCGCAGCAGGACGGGGUGAGGAAUCGAGAGGAGAGGAGAGAGGAGAAAUGAGCUUCUAACUCGUCGUCUCUUCACUGGACUGUCUGUUUUUGUACCUUUUAGGAGUUUUCCCAGGAGCCAAAGGAACAGAACUACUCUCUGGCUGUGGAGGAGCAGGACUCAGAGGUGACUGUGACACACAUGUCCAGAGCAGAGAGCUGCCAUCAAGUCUUUGUAUGAGUCUUUAAAAGAGCUUUUCUCUGUCUUCUCCAGGGAAACGAUGUCACUGAGGAGGACUGCUCCUCUCCAUCUAAUGGCAAAGGUAACUAUGGCGACCAUUCUUCACAUUUAACCCCCUGACCCCUCACCUCCCCUUGCAUCUGUUGCUCUCAGGUCAUGUGAAAACACUCUUUUCAUACAAACGUUAUGAUAGACUCAACAGUCGAUCCGAUCUAUUGUUACUUUUGAAAUCAUGGCUGAGCAGGAAACUUCCUUUCAACACGAAGGGAAUACAUGUCACACAUUGUCCUCUAGAUGGCGCAGUCCCUUUUCCAAAUGCAUGCGACGCUGGCUGGAAACACCACAACAUUCAGAGAAUGGCUCCUCAUAUGGUGUGUGUGCACCAGAACCUUCAUCUACUGAGCAGUUAAGACUGACACUUUACUGAAACACAAAAUCAGGACAUUUAAGGGGAAUUAAACGAAGCUAAUUAGAAUAAACGACUUCUGUACAGAUCGUGCAAAGACAGAUAUUUGGAAAAUUGGGAUGUACAAACUCAUUUUAGCUGAAAUAACGUUUUAUUUACAAGAAUGCACAGUUUCUAUCAGACCAUAAUUAACCUGUCACUCGCACCCCUAAAGCUAAAACAUACAGGACACGUAUUUGGAGCAGCGUCACAUAUCACGCAGCAAAUAGGUUGCCAUCUAAUCAACGCAGCAAAGCAUGCAGGACGCUUAUUAGCUCCGUCGCAGCAUCGUAUCGAGAGCAGCACUGCUAAAGAUACACGGAGAGUCUAUUUUUGCUGCUCUACGCUAGAGUUGGGAAGUUCGCGAACGAUUCGUUCAAAAGAACCGAAUCUUUUGAAGUGAACGUACUGAACCGAAUCACUUCCUCAAGUGAUUCGUUCGUUUCUCACUUUAGUUGAGUGUCAGCAGCUUCGCUGAUAUGGCACGCAUCAUUGCUGGGCGAGCAGUCGGUGAACGAGGGACCGCAUGCACCAACGCUUGAAUCGCUUGGUAAACGAAUCACACAUUGAACUACACUCUCUGUAAUCAUUAUUGUUGGCCAAAACAAUUGCCACCACAACAGCUUUCAUACAAUAGGACACAGCAUGUAACAGGUAGUGCGUAAAACCCGCUGCAUCGUAUCAUUGCAGCGGUUUGUGAGGGAACGGUGAAUGUUCAGUGUGAAUUCUUCUAAAUGUUCAGUGAACGAAUCACUCACUGACCCCAAUUUACUGAGUAGAUAUAUGGCAUAUUAUAGGACAGUACACUUAAAACACCAUGACUUUUACACAAGUUCAUUUUAACAAACCUGUUUGUCAAAGUAACACAGACAAACACUCUCGUCUUCCAGACCCAGAAGCCGUGAACUGAACUGAAUCCUGAACUUUCAGCUGUGUAUCAGUUCAGGACGUCAGGGUCACAGGCUUCUCCCGCCAAGUGCUGAAUGAUUUGGUGAACGAAUCUUUUGAACGAAUCUUUUUAGUGAACUGAUUCUAGUGAUUCAGUAUAUCUAAAAGAACUGCCGUGCCCAUCACUGCUCCAUGCUUCCAAUGCUUGUCAAUCCACACAGAGAAGAUUGUUCUAGACAGGAAGUCAAGCAUGAGAACCGCACGUCUUCUGGUAUUUCAAAAUAAAACAGCAUAUGCGGACUCCCAACUGUGUAUCAGUUCAUGUAGAUGAGAAGUACUUCCUGGUAAACCUCUCUUCCAGCAGCCGCUUGUUUGUAGCAAGACCUCGGGUCUAAUCAGGUCGUUUGUGAUAAAUAUGGACCGAUGAUGCACAGCAGGAGACAAACUCUUACAAGCGCUCCGUGUUGUUCAGAUGAGGUUCUGCUGCACACCAGGCUCCUGGCUUGGAUUUGCAUGACGUGCACCUUUAACAAAAAUCAGUGUGUGUGUAGAUGUGUGUGUGCUUGUGUAUUUAACGUGCAUGAGAAGUGCCAUUUACAUGUAAUCGCUCUGAAAGCUCUGCACUGUGCUUUUGCUUCUUCUUUUUUUUUUUAGCAGCUGCAUCAUGAAGGGAAAGCUUUUUUGUCAUGCUCCAUUUGUGUGUCUGUGUGAGAGAGGGAGUGUGUGUAUCUUGUGUCUGUGUGUGGGAAAGGGAGGGUGGUCUGGUUGUGCAGAAAAAGUGUCAUGUUGUGGGAGUCAAUGAGCAGAAGGCUUGAAGUGAAACAAGGUCACCUUCAUUAGAGAAGAGUUUGAAACAUGUUGAUGUAAACGAGUCUCUCUGUGGAUUGUUUGUGUGUCUGUGUCUGUGUUUGUGUGUACAUGUGUGUGUGUGUGUGUGUUCGGACACCUCGGGCCAGACUGAAACUAUCUCUGAGUACAUUGUGAGUUACUGAAUGACCUUUCAGUCCUUUAGGAGACGCGCGGACCUGUGCUGCCUGACAGACUGUGAAUGUGCACACGCACGCUCUGCAGGAUGUAUGUUUGCACGCAACAUGUGUGUGCAUCUGCACCGGCGCUGCCAGACAGCUUCUGUAUGUGCCCUGUCUGUGUCUCUGUGCUGAGCUGCCAAUCAUCCUGCCAUCUCUGCCAGUUUCUCCUCAUUAUCAAGCACACACACACACACACAGACACACACACACACACACACAGGCUUGCUGCGGGCAUGAGGCACUCACACAUAUUUAACAUUGUCAGUAUCUGAUAUCUGGCCAUGCUGGAAAUUGCAGAAGAAUCAGAUCAAUCGAGAAAAAACUGUCUCACAUUUUCAGCUAACCUAAUAAACCAGAACUAGACACUGAGAUGCAGAGGACACUCAGCUCCUGUGCAUCCCGCUAAUGUUUUCUACGAUAAUAUGGCAGUUAAAUAAUAAAAGUCUGCUGGUUUUAUGUUUCACACAAAAGAGGAGAAAAUACAGAAAAUGCGCCAUAAAUCUAUUUCCUGUUGGCUGACGGCUUCAGUCCGUGACGUGUAAAGCACUGCGAACAAAGAAAGUGAACAUAAACUUUAACGUUUAUUUAAACAGAAGUAUUUUAGUCUUAAACAGCUUUUACCAGUGAAGGUGUAAACUGAAAAUUAAAUGACUUGCAUAUCCUCGGUUCACAGCUUAAUGAUCGUCCAGUUUUUAAAAGUACAAAUGCUCGUUAACAAAGGGUCUUUACUCACAAAAUUAAGUAAAAAAAACAUAAAAACGUCCAAAACAAUAAAUGAACAUUAAAGUAAAUCAUCAUAUCAAAGUUCCUGAUAAACUGCAUGACUUCCAACCUGUAAAAGUAGGAUUAUGCAACUAACAGCUGCCACAAUAUAAACAGCAGAAGGAUGUUUACUGUUAUUAAUACACAUUAAAGCUCCAGUAGGGAGUUCUAAGACGAUUAGCGUAAAAACUAGUUAUCUGUUUAUAGUCACUUUUGAUGCCUCAAAGUGACGCUUCAUGUCAGAUGAUCAUUAACUUUUCAUUCUUUUAAUAAAAAACAAACUCCCCACGUUUCUUAAAGGUCAAGAUCAGCUAAGAAAUAAAGUCCUGAUUCGACCACAGGGGGCGCCAAAGUGGACAGAAACCAAAAGUUCCUUACAGGAGCUUUAAUUCUGUUACGGACUUUGUAUUAAGAUAGUUAAUUUUUUUGCCGAUCUUGGCUGACUUUUAAAAUGCGUCAUCACAACGGUCGUCUAACAGUUUCAGACAAAAAGACUCAAACGUCUUCAGUGUGAUUUAAGAGAAACCGACUGGGCCGGAGACGCUGCUGUGUCGGUCUGUCUCCAAAAGUUAUUCCCUUUUUGAGUCAGAUUCUUUAAUUCCACCAUGCUGACCCUGAUCAUGAGUCCAUCCCGGGUCAUAUACGAACACUUUGAUUCGAAGUGGCGAAAUAUGGCGAAAAUAUUAGUUCGCUAUUUCAAUCAAUGCCGUUCCAGCAUGGCCGACCUCACCCCUCCGCCUCUGACACCCUCCCUCCCUCCCUUACCCCGCCUGCCCCACUCUCCCCCCCCUCCCUCCCCGCUGUGCCUGGCUGCUCUUGUUUGACCUUUGCCCUCGCUUGCAGGUGGGCGGAGCAGGUGUCCAGAGUUGGCCAAUAACAAUCAGGGCGUCGCCCUCUGUGACACGCCCUCUUUGGGGUUGGAUAAUGAGCAGGCUUCCGACAGCCGAUUCGCCGGUGAGUGGCAACCUCUCGAACAUGGACCAAUGAGAGCUGAGGACUGGUCGUGGGUGGUUGGGUGGGGAUGCAGGAGGAGAGGAAGACAGAGGGAGUGAAAGGGGAGAAAGAGUGCAUGACUUAUCUGUCAGAAGAGAUUUUGGCGCACUAGCUGCCAUGCUUUUUAAAAACCCAGCUAUAGAAAAACAAAAACACAAACUAGAUCUUUUCCUUUCGGGAGAUUUAGCCAGAAAAGACGAGUUUUUUUUAGCAUCUGUACCCAGCAUGAAGAUCUGGAGCCUCCCUUCUCUUCUUCAUCCCUCCCUUUGGUGUCGUGGUGCUUCAUUGCUUUUUCUGUACUGGUUAGCUAUGCACUCUCUCCCUCCUCCCCCUCCUUAGCUACAGCCCCCGGUGUGUGAGUUUAACUGGGUUUGUGUGUGUCUGUGUGUGUGUGUGCGUCUCUUUCUAAGUCUGAUGUCUGCAUGCUGUACCUCCUGUUUGUCUCGAGUGCGAGAGACGGAGAGAAAGAGAGAAAAAGUCGGGUCCAUCCCAGAGUUGAAGUUCAUGUUCAGCGUCUGCCAGCUCCGAGCCGCUUUGCCAAACAUCUGCAACUCCCUCUCACACCCGUCCAUCUCCCCCUCCAUCUCCUCCUUGCUUUAACACUCGGAGGGUAACUGUGAUGAGAGCUAAAGGUGUUGAUUUUAUUCUUGAUUCACGAUUUUUUUUCUCAAUUUCUCUCUGGAGUGAAACAGCUGAGUCACGUUCAGCCUUUAGCUCGGCAUCCUCCUCCUCCUUCCCUCUCUAACCCUGAACUCAUCUCCUCAAACCUUCAUCCCCACAUUUGCUCUUUUUAUGGUGAAUGGUGUGACAUGUUUUCUCUUUCCGUGUCGUAAAAGUGUUCUGUUAUCUCUCUUCUGUUUCUCUCCUUUUUAUCCCCCUCCGUCAUUCUUCACAUCUUCUCCUGUCUUUUCCCCGGACAUUUUCCUCCCUCUCUUUCUUCUCUCUGCCUUUCCUCUCUGUGUCUCUCGUCCCUUCCUUUCGCCUUCUUUCGGAUGGACAGAUGAGGAGUCGUGCCCAGUGCACAUUGAGGAAUAGGUAUGGAGUGAUGAAGCUGGAUGCUAGAACAGACACAAGGAUCAUGUGUUUUUGUUUGCCUUUUCCUUCAUUAAAGCUCCUAUAAGGAGUUUUCGACAGUUUGGCAAUCAAUCUUUAUUUAUAGAGCGCUAACUCAUACCAAAUAUUACAAGAUGCCAAAAAAAAGAACCGAUCCAGACCACAUGCUUAGUUAUAUUCACAGGAAGACUCGCCUUGAAGAUGAGAUCAGACUGAGCCCCGUCUUGUAAGAUCAGACUCACUCCUGUCCCAUCUUCAACCACAGGAGUGAUGAGGAAAAGCUUCCUUUAAAGGGAUAUUCCAGCGUAAAAUUAAUUUAGGGUCAAACACCAAGUUAGACACCCCCUCGAGAGAUGAAUGUUGCCGACCGCUUGCUUCUCUACUUAUACCAACUUUAGUAACGACCGCAGGAUAGCAAUACACAGCCGUCUGAGGAGCCACACACAAACCUCAACCAAAACGCCACUCUACAGCCACAAAUAAUGUUCAGAACAGCACCUAACUUCAUCAACAGGACAUAUAGGGUCCCAGCCACCAAACAUCUUUUUAACUUUACCAGAUUUCUUAAACAAAGAGACUAAACACAACUCACCUACUCUCUUCCAGCAGCCGCUUGUUUGUAUGGAGACCUCUGGGCGAGUCCUCUGGGCGCACCAGGGUGUCACAGCUCAUGAAGAAAUGAUCAUAAAUGUUCUUCCUUGAGCUGCGUCACCCCGCUGUAGUCCGUAAUGGACUUACCUGAGGUUUCACUACAAACAAGUGGCUGCUGGAAGAGAGUAGGCGAGUUGUGUUUAGUCUCUUUGUUUAAGAAAUUAAAAAGUUAAAAAGAUGUUUGGUGUCUAGUACUAUAGCUGGGACCCUAUAUGUCCUGUUGAUGAAGUUAGGUGCUGUUCUGAGCAUUAUUUGUGGCUAUAGAGUGGCGUUUUGGUUGAGGUUUGUUUAUGGCUCCUCAGACCGCUGUGUAUUGCUAUCGUGCGGUCGUUACUAAAGUUGGUAUAAGUAGAGAAGCAAGCGGUCGGCAACAUUCAUCUCUCGAGGGGGUGUCUAACUCGGUGUUAUGGUGUGUUUGACCCUAAACUUAUCUCUUUGACAGGCAGAAACCUCGAGCAGGACCAGACUUAUGGUAGACAGUCAUCUGCUGAGACUGAGCUGGGUUUAAAGAGGGGAUAGAAGGAGAUAGAGAAAGAGAGAGAUGGACAGAGAUCCAGAGGAGGGAGCUCAGGAACGCCCAGAAAAGACUGAGGUUCACAUCAAACAGACAGAUAGAGGACAGAGAAGGAGAGACAGGUGCCCUGGUAGCUCUUCGUCCUGCUUCUUUAGGUAUCAUAAAAUUCACCAGGAAUGUGUUUUAAAGGCAAAAAGUAAAAUGAAGGAGUUUCUUUCUUUUCUUUUGACUUUUCUGUUCCUGUAAAAUCCUGCCUAAAUGCCGUUUGUAAUUGUUAUCUACCUCAUGGUCUGUCUUCAAGCAGCUGAGAUGAACAUCGUUGAUGUUAUUUACUGUCAUCAGUGGUUUCUGCGGUUCAGGUUGAAAUCCAUCAAUAAUUAACAGCAUCAUAACUUUUUACUGUAAGUCUCUUGGAGUCAGGAAUAUGUCGGUCAAAUGAUGUGACUUUUAUAGCCUACUUAUAACUAGUAAUGGAGAUCAAAACCUGAUGCUAUUAAAGGGGCAGUUUGUUUUUUUAUUAAGGGGGGUUAUGUGAGCUAACAGUCCGAGGAUGAGGUCAGAGGUCAGCUCAGCCUGGAAGCUAGUGGCAGUCAGAGUUAGCACAAGGUGGGACCAGGUUUUUUAGUUUCCUGAAGCACUCACCUCUGUUUCAAAUCUAUACGAGUCUGAGAAAGAUGUUCGUCUGUCUGGAGAAGCCUUUUUUCUGCAGCGUGACCCUCCCUCCUCUCUGUCUUUGUUUCAUGUUCAGGUCUGAUGUACCUCGGGGGCUACAGGCCUGUUUUGGAGCCCCGCCCCCACCACACCUCCACCAGCAACAUCAACCUGGAGGAGCAGGGGGCGGAGAACCGGGACGGCCAGAGUCCUAAACAUCCCCGCCGCGGACCACUCAUUGUGUAA